GGGUCCCGCACUCUCCCCUUCGGUUCCCCGGCGCGGUCGCCCCGCCUCUCCACCCCUUGACGUGGCAGAGGCGGCACCAGCCAUGUUGGCCCGGCGGUGUUCUGCGCGGAGGCCGGGGGCGGGGCGGCGCCGGCCGUGAUUGCAGUGCCACGGUUGCUCUGGGUCGGCUGAAGGGACCGAUUUUGCGAGGCGGUGGCUGCGGCCGGCGCAGAUCUCGUUUGGAGGCCCUGGGAAGUAAGCAUCACGCACUACGAUGACAACAUAUUUGGAAUUCAUCCAACAAAAUGAAGAACGAGAUGGAGUCCGAUUUAGUUGGAAUGUUUGGCCAUCAAGUCGACUGGAAGCUACAAGAAUGGUCGUUCCAGUAGCAGCCCUAUUUACACCACUGAAGGAGAGACCUGAUUUACCACCUAUUCAAUAUGAACCUGUUCUGUGUAGUAGGACCACUUGCCGUGCAGUUUUGAAUCCUUUAUGUCAGGUGGAUUAUCGAGCAAAACUCUGGGCUUGCAACUUUUGUUAUCAAAGGAAUCAGUUUCCACCUACUUAUGCUGGUAUAUCUGAACUGAAUCAACCCGCUGAGCUUUUACCUCAGUUUUCUAGCAUCGAAUAUGUAGUUCUGCGUGGUCCUCAGAUGCCUUUGAUAUUCCUCUAUGUGGUUGAUACUUGCAUGGAAGAUGAAGAUUUACAAGCCCUGAAAGAAUCUAUGCAGAUGUCAUUAAGUCUUUUACCACCUACAGCCUUGGUUGGACUUAUUACUUUUGGGAGAAUGGUACAGGUUCAUGAACUUGGAUGUGAGGGCAUUUCAAAAAGCUAUGUGUUCAGAGGAACAAAAGACCUGUCUGCCAAACAACUUCAGGAAAUGCUGGGACUCUCUAAAGUACCCGUUACUCAAGCAACACGUGGUCCUCAGGUACAGCAGCCACCUCCUUCCAAUAGAUUCUUGCAGCCAGUACAGAAAAUAGACAUGAAUCUCACAGAUCUUCUGGGAGAACUGCAGCGAGACCCUUGGCCUGUACCACAAGGAAAGAGACCCUUACGUUCCUCUGGAGUGGCACUCUCCAUAGCUGUGGGACUACUUGAGUGUACUUUUCCCAACACUGGUGCUCGUAUCAUGAUGUUCAUUGGUGGUCCAGCCACUCAGGGGCCCGGAAUGGUGGUUGGUGAUGAACUGAAGACACCUAUAAGAUCAUGGCAUGACAUUGAAAAAGAUAAUGCCAAAUAUGUUAAAAAGGGAACUAAGCACUUUGAAGCAUUGGCUAAUCGAGCUGCUACGACUGGUCAUGUUAUCGAUAUCUAUGCAUGUGCGUUAGAUCAGACAGGUCUCCUGGAGAUGAAAUGCUGUCCCAACCUUACUGGAGGAUACAUGGUAAUGGGUGAUUCUUUCAACACUUCCUUAUUCAAGCAGACUUUUCAAAGAGUCUUUACCAAAGAUAUGCAUGGACAGUUUAAAAUGGGCUUUGGUGGUACAUUAGAAAUAAAGACCUCAAGGGAAAUAAAGAUUUCAGGAGCUAUUGGACCCUGUGUGUCUCUCAAUUCUAAAGGACCUUGUGUAUCUGAAAAUGAGAUAGGAACAGGCGGCACUUGUCAAUGGAAGAUAUGUGGACUCAGUCCCACUACAACCUUAGCUAUCUAUUUUGAGGUUGUCAAUCAGCAUAAUGCUCCAAUUCCUCAAGGAGGACGUGGUGCAAUCCAGUUUGUGACUCAGUAUCAGCAUUCAAGUGGGCAGAGACGCAUCCGAGUGACCACCAUUGCUAGGAACUGGGCAGAUGCUCAAACUCAAAUCCAAAACAUUGCUGCAUCUUUUGACCAGGAGGCAGCUGCCAUUCUUAUGGCCCGGCUGGCAAUCUAUAGAGCAGAAACAGAGGAAGGACCAGAUGUGCUCAGAUGGCUAGACCGACAACUCAUUCGACUGUGUCAGAAAUUUGGAGAGUAUCACAAAGAUGAUCCAAGUUCCUUCAGAUUUUCAGAAACUUUCUCCCUUUAUCCACAGUUUAUGUUUCAUUUAAGAAGAUCUCCUUUCUUACAAGUUUUUAACAAUAGUCCUGAUGAGAGUUCAUAUUAUCGUCACCAUUUUAUGCGUCAAGAUUUGACCCAGUCUCUAAUUAUGAUUCAGCCUAUUCUGUAUGCAUAUUCUUUUAGUGGACCCCCAGAGCCGGUUCUUCUUGAUAGCAGCAGCAUUCUUGCAGAUCGCAUUCUUCUCAUGGACACGUUCUUCCAGAUUUUGAUUUAUCAUGGUGAGACCAUUGCACAGUGGCGCAAGUCAGGAUACCAGGACAUGCCAGAAUAUGAAAAUUUCCGCCAUCUUCUACAAGCCCCGGUGGAUGAUGCACAGGAGAUUCUUCACUCCAGAUUUCCGAUGCCGAGAUACAUUGACACUGAACAUGGAGGUAGCCAGGCCCGUUUCCUGCUUUCAAAAGUCAACCCUUCACAGACUCAUAAUAAUAUGUAUGCCUGGGGACAGGAGUCUGGAGCACCUAUUCUUACAGAUGAUGUUAGUUUACAAGUGUUUAUGGAUCACUUGAAGAAACUUGCUGUGUCAAGUGCUGCUUGAAGUGCUAAACAUAUUAAGGACACUUAAGAGGAUGAAAUAAUAUUUCAAUUUCCUUUUUUUCCUUUUUCAUUUUAUCUGUGGAAACCAACAGAGGUAUCUCUUAGACUCUAUGGUUUAAGACAACAUGUGGAAAAAUGUUCACAUUUGUAGAUUAAGCUGGAAUAUAAGAGCAAUAAGAACAAAUUUAUUUUGCUUGCCACAGUAUUAUGACUGGGUUUAGAAAUCUGAGAUCUUUGUAACUUAAUUAUGUUAAAGAGUAAAAAUAGAGUUGGCCUUGUACUACAGAGAUAGAACUCGUUUGUGUAUUGCAGAAAAAUCCAAAGUGGCACUGAAUGUCCUUGCUGAUUUUUUGAAAACUUGUUUCUUGGUUUUACCAGAAAGUAAAAAAAUCAUCAACAGUAAUGAUAAAUGCGAACAUUUUGCCUGUUUAUUGAAAUAUAUCUGUGAUUUUCAAGCACUUAUGCAUAUACUUUUUCUGUACUUAUUCUGUUAAGGCAGAUUUAUUUUUAUGAUGAUUUGUUUAGGAAUUAUUUGACUUUAUAUAAGGUAAUUUUCAUGAAGAUAAUUUAAUGUUUUUGGUCAUUUGGAACAAUAGUUUAGAGAUGAAAAGAUGAAAAGUUUCUGGGGUAACAGUUCCAUAACUGACAAAAAAUGUGGAAUUCCCAUAAAGUACCCAACUUACAUGAUUAAAUGCAAUAAUUUUUUUAAGAAGGGUUAUUGAAAAUAAACCAUUUUGUCAUAAUGCAUUUUAGGAAGUCUGCAGUAAAAUAACUGUUGUCAUUACUAAACCAAAAUUGAUUUUUACUGCAUGGUUAUGUUGUUUCCCCUUCUUUUUCUGAGGUAAAUUUUACAUUAUAUCCUACAGUAUUUUAACACUAUUUUGGGAGUUUACAUAUUACUUCUUAUUUUUGCUUCCAUUUUGUGAAAUGUAUUAAGUUGUUCUCAUUGAAACAGUAUUAUAUAAUAUUUUGUUGAAUGAUAUCAUGUGAUGCUCAGUUUUAUUUUGAUUUAUUCAUUAGUAUCAUUCACUUUUACCUUUUAAAGUUUACUUGUAGCAAAUGUUUACAUUGCUAAAGCCAGAUGUUUGACAAUGAAAUUUAUAUCAAGUACUGCAAAUAAAAGGUGGUGCUAUGAUAAAUGCUUAGAAGGACAGUUCGAUGAUUGUACUUGCAUGAACACAAUCAUAUGAUAAAACAGAAACUUAAAAAAAUGUUUAUAUGUUAUAUUCAAUUAAAUAAAUUGCUUUGUUCCAUUUUAUUUGAUUUGAACUAUGCUAGGUCUAAAUACCAAUAAAAUAUACUUUUUCUGUG